CCCGCGGCGCGGGCCCGCUGGUGCGCGCGGCCAUGGGCGCCUAGUCGGGGGCGCGCUCCGCCCUCGGUCUGCGGGGGACCGUGACCCCCGAGACCCGCGAGCGCCGGCAAAGUGAACAGAGUACCCCAGUCAUUACAUCAGGCACCUGUGUUAGGAAAUUGGACUGUGAUCAUUCAGCAUGGCUUAUGGCUUGCCAAGAAAGAACACGGUGAAAACCAUAUUGCGGGGCAGUUGUUUUAAAGUACAGGAACCUUGGGAUCUUGCACUGCUUACAAAGACCUGGUACAUGAACCUAGCCAACAUCAAGUUGCCUUUCUUGGAAGAAAUUGCAUUUGGUAGUCCUUUACACCUCAGAAAAGAUAAAAUCAUUAAGAGUGCCCUGCUCCCUUCUGCAGAAUCCAUCAAACUUGAAAGGGAGUAUGAAAUGAAGCACUUGAAUAACCUGAAAUGUCAGAAAAUCCUAGCUAAGGAAGUUCAGUCUUCCCUAAGGGAAAGGCAAGUUGGUUUGAGAAGACCCCUGCCGCCUAAGUGACCAUCAUAUCAUAAUUG